AUGCCGCAACACCAACUACAUAGGCAACAGUCCUCGACCAGCUGUCAGUUCGAGAGCUUCAACCCCUCUGAGGCACACUACUUUUGUUGUUUUGGGUUUUGUCAUUCGAAAGUAUGUUUAUUGGUGUUUGUACUUGUGGUCAAAGUACAUGUACUCACUUUACAUGUCUUUUUACUGUCAUUUAUCUUCAUGGAUUUUAUGUUUCUAAUAUGACGUACAUUAUGAAAUGGUAUUCUGUUACUGAUAAUGUCAAUUUCAGACUGUCGGUGUACUGGUGUUUCUGUUCGAGCUGAUAGAACUGAUUAGUUCUGCUGUAUUUUUGUUUUUAAAGUCUGCAAGGUAAGUUAGCGUAUUUCGUUACUAUUCUGUCAAAAAUUGUCGGUAAGACAACGUAUAUUAUAAUAAAGAAAGUCACAUUAGUUAGCCGUCACGCUUGAGAUGUCAAUAAUCAUUCAAGAUAGCAAAAAUACGUCUGAGCAUAUUAUUUUAUAUCUUAAUGUUUCAGUUAUAAUACCAAAGAAUGGCAGAGUACAGAAGUGUUGAUAAUAGUAGGAGUGACAUUGGUGGGCCUGAUAGCUCUUGCUAUAAGCACGGCGUUACUGUUUAUGGGCGUAUGUUGUGAAGAAAGUACACUUGUGAUACCGUAUAUGUUACGUCAGGUAGGUUGAACCUUGUUUUACUUCACUUAUCACAAGGAAAACUUUAAUUACAGUAAAAUGACGACGGUUUUCUUACGUUAACUGUAUUUGCUCAGCAGAAAUCGAAAAUUUAGGUAAUAAUGAUCCUGUUACUUGUAAUUACUGGUUUUAUAAAAAUGAGUUGGGCAUGGCAUAUUAUCCCGAUAGUUUUUGUUCAAAUGGGACUAUUGGUACUGUCAUUUGGUACUUACAAGUACUUUGCCGAUAAAGAAAAGUUCAACUCGACUACAGAGAAUGCAUAUGCAUCUAGGAAUGCAUCUCAACGUACCAACAACAAGGCCAAGUUGUCGCAACAGUCGCAUCGACUCUCUACUAUUGAUUUAUGUUGA